UCCCAACGGGGUCCCAACGGUUUUGAUUGAUUGGUGCUGGGGACGGAGCAGUGUGUGACAAAGCUCCUCAGGUGUGUGACAAGCUCCUCGGGGCUUAUCCAUGCUUCUUCGGAUCGAGACAGGGGAAGUGAAGAAUGCAAGUGGCAGCUGAAGAUGCAAAAUGAAGGCCAACAGCAUCAAGAUGAUCUCUACUUGUGCGGCAAGGCAUAUGAGCUAACCAUAGCGCAGGCUAGGUGGGAAGCAAUGACGAAUUCGAACGCGAGAAGAGUCUUUUAGACUCUAUAGAUAAAAUAGAAUAGAAUAGAAUGGAAUAGAAUAUUUAGACCGAUUUUGUACAGAUCUAUAUAUUAUUUUUUUAACGAUCGAUCGAUCGAUCAUUCGUGGUGAAGAUGAUUGCUAUGGAGGCUGGCUGUUGGGCAAUCGGCCAGGUGGUGGGGACCACCACAAGCAUGACAUGGGAGAGAUCAGCAUCAAGGCAACUGGCACAGUGCAAACGUUUGAAGCUGGAGGUGUUGGCAGAUGGUGGUGGGGACCACCACCAUGCCUUGCAGAUUCAGAAUCAGACUCAGAUUCGGUCCCAAUCAACAGUGGGAAUAAGUCAGGGAAAAGCCGUUCGGCGACGACGGAUGAAGAGCGGCCACAGAAGAAACGACCUUUCAUGCACGCAAUCUAGGGUCAAGCUCUUGGUCCAUUAUUCCAUGGACCAUCUGGUCCAGUACAAGUCCGAUGAGUCCUUGGAUGGACCACAGGGGCUAGUGUCUGGGCCCUGGAAAUUGCAGAAACUGCAGAAACUGCAGAAACUGCAGAAAUUGCAGAAAUUGCAGGGCAUUCCCAGAGCACUGAGGAAGGCGGCACCUUUCCGGCACGUGGGUGGUUCUUCAGGCCGGCAGAUCGAUUCCGAUUGCGUUUCGUGCAAGCAGGGGUUGGGUCGACAGCAGCGAGGGGCCACUAGGGCAUGCAGUAUGGUUGUGGGGAUAGGGUUUGCUUUGCCUUGUACAGAGAAGCGGCAGUGUCUUCGAAGAGACAGAUCUAUCGGAACCUCAGCUGGAGUUCGAGUCCCACUAUGGUCAAACUGGAACUGGGACUGGAACGGGACUGGUGAGAGGGUAUCAAGGCGAUCGUGCAUGGAGACGAGAUGGAUCAGUAGACGCCUGGGAUUUACAGAUGCUGCUUCUGCUGCUUCUGCUUGCAUACAGAUAGGUCAUCGGCGACAUUGUGUGGGAUCAAGCUCAGCAUACAGAUCGGUGGCUCCGACAAACCGAGUGAAAAGCUUUGCCUUAUCUAAUUCCAGCACGAACUCUUCAACCGUCGACGGAAUGCAGAAUAGCGUUGCCUUCCUGGAAGAAGAUCAAACGUCCACGUCCACAUCCACUUCCACGUCAAAUGACGCCGCCUCGAACUUGGUGGAUUUACCUUCCAUCGACUCCACGCCCGAAGCCGAUGGUGGCUGGACCUGCGGUGAAGGAAAACUGCAGCCGCAGUCGAUGAGCGAUCUCAAGGAGAGGUUCGAGCUCAAAGGAGUGCAGUUCGUCAAAGCUGCAGAUGUGAGAAUUAUCCAAUUGCGAUUGGCAGAUGGCUGUGAAGCACGAAUACUGUUGGAUGAUGCACGAAUCACCUCUUACAAGGCUGUUCUGUACCAUGGUGGCCUGGAGGAAAUGCUGCACUGUGAGGUGGUAGGCGUGAAGUGGGUCCAGGAGCAGCAGCGGCAGCAGAAGGGGCUCAUAAGGGGUGGGGUUGUCUUGAACUUUCUGCCUCUCGGAUACAAAGGGCCAUCAUUUUCAUCCGCGUCUCGCGAAGACGGGGCGGUGUGGGACCAGCCUACGUUGGUGUGGAAUGUCGUCGGCUCUAAGUGCAGGUUCAAGAAAUCUGCAACGGUGGUCCUAGAGGCCGUGCUCGACGGAGGCGGCGGUGGGAAAUGGAAGUUUCCUGGUAAAGUCUUGGCGAGGUAUGCUGUGACUUUGACGAAGAAGGCGUUGGAAACGAGCCUCGAGUUUUUGAAUGCAGGCGACAAGGAAUCCAAGCUGAACGUUCUGAUCAUGAACUGGCUGGCAACGGGGUUCUUAUCCGGGGCCCAAGUGGUGGGGCUGGAGGAGUGCCAAAAGCGGGACCUUGUCCCGGUUCCGAUCCCACAGCCGCGUCAAAUGAGCUCGUGGGCCACGAUUGGGUCCAACUCCGGUGGCAGCGGAUCCAUCUUGCAGCUCCCCUCCUGGGGAGGGCUUCUGAGAACUUUUGGGAUGGGAGGAGGAGGCACCAGAGCCAAGAGUGAAGAUGAGGAGGAGGUGAUCGUUUCGCCGGAAAGUGAUGCGCCUGUUCGCGAAAUGGAGGAUCAGCCCAAAGAAGAUGAUGAAGAGCCCAAAGCAUCUGCAGAAGAUCUCAAUGACAAUAACCUAGGAGUCUGGGAGGAAGACACAGAGCCCUUGCUGAUUGUGCGCUCCAGAAUUGAGCGGUUCUACAGGAAUGCACCGCCUAGGUUCAUCGUACUUGACCGGGGCCUGCGCCGCUCGUUAGUCAUGGAGAGGGAAGGUUUCGAAGAUGUGCUGAUUUCUCAUCCUGGAUUUGGUGGUACUGGUGUGGGUCAGGACGAUGCGCAAGCCUUCCUUUGCGUUGGGCAUGGGCAGGUUAACCAGGAAGUCACCCUCCUUCCAGGGGAAACCUGGAGAGCCUCUCAGAUCAUCCGACUUCAUGAAUGAAAUUGACCGGUCUUUCCCGUCUACCAUUCAUUGAACUUUUCUCCGCUCUGCUUUUGCCGUCCAUGUCAUUGGUUAGGCGCUUGCCUGACAAAACGUUGGUCGUGUUUUCCGGGAUUGGACAUGCAGCUCGGCGUUUGGUACAUGGAGAGGCAACAUGCUGCCCCGAAAGUUAAGCCGGAACACAGAUCAACUGCCAGCGCUUUUGACAGCCAUUUUUUUCCUCCGACGUGGGCCGUAUGCGCGCCACAAGUUUCGGGGGUCGGCCUACGGGGGAGGGGGGGCAAAAUGGCUGGUGGCGCCAGCCAAAAGAAGGGAUGCAACGCUUCUUUUUUUUCGGGCGCGCAGGGCAUUUCCAGGCUCGGCAGGGGUAGGCCCGGUAGGGUCAAACAUACAGGUGAUUUCAGAGCAUAAGCGGCGGUUCACCGGACUUCAAGGCAUUCACUUUCAAUCCCCUUUGUAAAAUUGGGAUUUUAAUAUCGUUUAUACAUAACAUGAUGAUGAUGAUUUUUCACACUUCUUUAAAAAAGUUCAAAUGUAUUUCAAUGACCUUUCUAUACGUGACAUUUUUUUCGCUGCAAAACUCAAAAUCCAUGGUAGAGUUCUCGGACCCAUAACUUUAGUUUCGGAAUCGACAGUGGUUUGGAGGAUUUGUCCAAGACUCCAAAUUAAUUCAGCUCAUCCAGCCAGACGAGGCAUGGUUGCGGGAAAAAAGGGCUCACUGUGAAGGUCCGGGGGCGAUCGGGGAGCAGCCUUCAAGGCACGCCUUCAGCCCUCGCGUUUGGCUUGCCAAAGUCAUUGUAGAGGGAUUCACCAUGUUCGCUAUGCGGACGACUUCCUCAUUAGAGUCAUCGGACCUAGAACGUUAGCCGAUCUGCUGCACAUACGAUCCGUCUAUCAUGGGGGGUGUAAUUGCAAGGAAAUAACCCCUCAGGGGUGGCGUUAUACAACAUGGAGAUCACCUUAAACUUCAGGGGCAGAUUCAUUCGGUCUUUUUAAGGAAACACUGGUCUGAAGACUCUUCCUAGAUAGGAGGUAAUGUAUUUUGGGGGGUCCCAGGCUCGAAGAAUAUUAGAUUGGAAUCACCAGGGGAUCCUGUAUGUGUUCUGGUCUGGCCGUGAAGGCUUUAACAAAAGUGUAAUUGGGGG